GGACCCGGCCUGGCGCCGCAACUCCUCUCCAGGCCGGCGGGGCCCGGAGGCCGCAGCUCCCGUGCGCGCUCUCCCCUCUCGCAAGUGGCGAGCAAAGUUUGGUGGCGGAGACGCCGAGCCGGAGUCCUUUCUUCCUCUCGCUCCCCAAACCCGAGCGCAGCCGCGGGCGUCAUGCCCGCGCUACUCCGCAGCCCCGGGUGCGCGUGAAGCCCAAGCCCCUGCACUGCCAAGGAUCCAAGGACGACACUCGGCUGGAGUUUCCACCGAGGGACCCCAGAGCUCGGCGCUCCCUCCAUCCCUACCCACGCCGGCCGCGGGGACAGGACCGAUCGCGGAGCCGCGUUGCCAUUCAAGCGGCUGCAGCAGCUCCUGGUUCCUGAGCCCACCGCAGGCUGAAGGCAUUGCAGGCAGUCCAUGCUCGUAGUGGAAGUGUGCAGAUGGGAUUAACGUCCACAUGGAGAUAUGGAAGAGGACUGGGCAUUGGCACCGUAACCAUGGUCAGCUGGGCUCGCUUCAUCUGCCUGGUCGUGGUCACCAUGGCAACCUUGUCCCUGGCCCGGCCCUCAUUCAGUUUAGUCGAGGAUACCACAUUAGAGCCAGAAGAGCCGCCAACCAAAUACCAAAUCUCUCAACCAGAAGUGUACGUGGCCACGCCAGGGGAGUCGCUAGAGUUGGGCUGCCUGUUGAAAGAUGCCGCCAUGAUCAGUUGGACUAAGGAUGGGGUACAUUUGGGGCCCAACAAUAGGACAGUGCUUAUUGGGGAGUACUUGCAGAUAAAAGGCGCCACGCCUAGAGACUCCGGCCUGUAUGCUUGUACUGCUGCUAGGAGUGUAGACAGUGAGACCUUGUACUUCAUGGUCAAUGUCACAGAUGCAAUCUCAUCUGGGGAUGAUGAGGACGACACAGAUGGCUCCGAGGACUUUGUCAGUGAGAACAGUAACAACAAGAGAGCACCAUACUGGACCAACACGGAGAAGAUGGAGAAGCGGCUGCAUGCUGUCCCCGCGGCCAAUACCGUCAAGUUCCGCUGCCCAGCUGGGGGGAACCCGACACCCACCAUGAGGUGGCUGAAGAACGGGAAGGAAUUUAAGCAGGAGCAUCGCAUUGGUGGCUAUAAGGUACGAAACCAGCACUGGAGCCUUAUUAUGGAGAGUGUGGUCCCAUCCGACAAAGGAAAUUAUACCUGCGUGGUGGAAAAUGAAUACGGGUCCAUCAAUCACACAUACCACCUCGAUGUUGUUGAACGGUCCCCACACCGGCCCAUCCUCCAAGCUGGACUGCCGGCAAAUGCCUCCACCGUGGUCGGGGGUGACGUGGAAUUUGUCUGCAAAGUGUACAGCGAUGCCCAGCCCCACAUCCAGUGGAUCAAGCAUGUUGAAAAGAACGGCAGCAAAUACGGGCCCGACGGGCUGCCCUACCUUAAGGUUCUCAAGCACUCGGGAAUAAAUAGUUCCAAUGCAGAAGUGCUGGCUCUGUUCAAUGUGACUGAGGCGGAUGCUGGGGAGUAUAUAUGUAAGGUCUCCAAUUAUAUAGGGCAGGCCAACCAGUCUGCCUGGCUCACUGUCCUGCCAAAAAAGCAAGCUCCUGUAAGAGAAAAGGACAUUACCGCUUCCCCAGACUACCUGGAGAUAGCCAUUUACUGCAUAGGGGUCUUCUUAAUUGCCUGUAUGGUGGUGACAGUCAUCCUGUGCCGAAUGAAGACAACGACCAAGAAGCCAGACUUUAGCAGCCAGCCGGCUGUGCACAAGCUGACCAAGCGCAUCCCUCUGCGGAGACAGGUUUCUGCCGAGUCCAGCUCCUCCAUGAACUCCAACACCCCACUGGUGAGGAUAACAACACGCCUCUCCUCAACAGCAGACACGCCCAUGUUGGCAGGGGUCUCUGAGUACGAAUUGCCAGAGGAUCCAAAAUGGGAGUUUCCAAGAGAUAAGCUGACGCUGGGCAAACCCCUGGGGGAAGGUUGCUUUGGGCAAGUUGUCAUGGCUGAAGCAGUGGGAAUCGACAAAGAGAAGCCCAAGGAAGCAGUCACUGUGGCUGUGAAGAUGUUGAAAGAUGAUGCCACAGAGAAAGACCUUUCCGAUCUGGUGUCAGAGAUGGAGAUGAUGAAGAUGAUUGGAAAACACAAAAACAUCAUCAAUCUCCUGGGAGCCUGUACGCAGGAUGGCCCACUCUUUGUCAUAGUGGAGUACGCCUCGAAGGGUAACCUCCGCGAGUACCUGCGUGCCCGCAGGCCCCCUGGGAUGGAGUACUCCUACGACAUCAACCGCGUUCCUGAGGAACAGAUGACCUUCAAGGACUUGGUGUCGUGCACAUACCAGCUGGCCAGAGGCAUGGAGUACUUGGCUUCCCAAAAAUGUAUUCAUCGAGACUUAGCAGCCAGAAAUGUUUUGGUAACAGAAAACAAUGUGAUGAAAAUAGCAGACUUCGGACUGGCCAGAGACAUCAACAAUAUAGACUACUACAAAAAGACCACGAAUGGGCGACUUCCAGUCAAGUGGAUGGCCCCUGAAGCCCUCUUUGAUAGAGUCUACACCCAUCAGAGCGAUGUCUGGUCCUUUGGGGUACUGAUGUGGGAGAUCUUUACUCUAGGGGGUUCACCCUACCCAGGGAUUCCCGUGGAGGAACUUUUUAAGCUGCUUAAGGAAGGGCACCGGAUGGAUAAGCCGGCCAACUGCACCAGUGAGCUGUACAUGAUGAUGAGGGACUGCUGGCAUGCGGUGCCCUCACAGAGACCAACCUUCAAGCAGUUGGUGGAAGACCUGGAUCGAAUUCUCACUCUCACAACCAAUGAGGACUACUUGGACCUCACGCAGCCUCUUGAACAGUAUUCACCUAGUUAUCCUGACACAAGGAGCUCUUGUUCUUCAGGAGAUGACUCUGUUUUCUCUCCGGAUCCCAUGCCUUAUGAACCAUGCCUUCCUCAGUAUCCACACAUAAAUGGCAGUGUUAAAACAUGAAUGCAGGUGUCCCCCUGUCUCCAAACAGGACACCACCAGGAACCUACCUACACUAAGCACGGGGACUUGUUGUCUCUACUUGUAUAUAUGGAUCAGAGGAGUAAAUAAUUGGAAAAGUAAUCGGCACACGUGUAAGGAGCUAUACAGUUGAGAAUUUGUAAUCUUCACCAGAAGAGAAGAAUGUUUAUGGGACGAUGGACUGCCUCGGGCCCACCACACGGCCCCUCGGACCCACCGCCACCAGGCGAUGGAUGGGUACUGGCUGUGGACCCAUUGGACUCAAGGCGAACGCGUGUUCUGCCUUCCUUGUUAAUUUUGUAAUAAUUGGAGAAAAUAUAUGUCAGCACACACUUAAUAGAGCACAAAUGCAGUAUAUAGGUGCUGGAUGUAUGUAAAUAUAUUCAAAUUAUGUAUAAAUAUAUAUUAUAUAUUUACAAUGAAUUAUUUUUUGUAUUGAUUUUAAAUGGAUGUCCCAAUGCACCUAGAAAAUUGGUCUUUUUUUUUUUUUUUAAAUAACUAUUUGCUAAAAUGCUGUUCUGACACAGAAUUUCUUAAUUUUCACCGAGCAGAGGUGGAAGAAAUACUUUUGCUUUCAGGGAAAAUGGUAUAACAUUAAUUUAUUAAUGAAUCGGUAAUAUACAAAACAAUUAAUCAUUUAUAGUUUUUGUUUUUGUAAUUUAAGUGGCAUUCCUAUGCGGGCAAGAUGUGGGCUGGUUAAUCUGUUGCUCAGACUUAACUAGUUGCCAGAUCCUUUGAAAAGAGAAAUAUUGACAGUAUCUGACUAAUUUGGAGGGGGGAAUGAAGUUUGAAUUUAUUUGCGUUGACACUCUGCUGUCAGGUCGUUGUUCUUAACCAGCUGAAUGCCCAUCCUGAAAGAACCUGUCAAGGAGAAGGUGUUUUGCUUCCAUGUGCAGCUCUGUCACUGGGCCUGUGUAACGUCUAACUGUACUUCCCAGGACAAAUAGCACCAGUGUCUUCUUAAGAAGCUGCUCUAGGACGCAGCUUAGUUGAGAUGACAGCAGAAUGUACUUCUUUGCUGGCAGCUGGUCUUCUGCCCCCAAGUUGCACGUUAAUCCGAUUAGCCUGUAUUCCCUUCAGUGAAUAAUGGCUUCCAGAUUCUUUGUUCUUCGGGAAGCCUUUUGGGAUCUUCAAGUCCUGCAAUUGGAAGUUGAAACCCAGAGUUGUUCUGCUGAUAGUUUUGGGGAUCCUUCCAUCUUUUAAGGGAUUGCUUCCAUCUCAUUCUGGCAGAACCUCUUGAAAAGAUCGGCCAGAUACCGACGACAUCAGACAAAGCAUCGCCAUAUUGUACGUUCUGUAUCAAAGUAUUGUGUUUUGCUUCUGAAACAUCCACUCACCUUGCUAUAGCCGUGCAACAUGAAUGCAGAUUACACUGAUCUUAUGUGUUCAGAAAUUGGAGAAAGUAUUUAAUAAAACCUGUUAAUUUUUAUACUGACAAUAAAAUGUUUCUACUGA